AUGAUUCAGAUAUGCCGUGCGGAAGACGGCGAAUCAUAUCAGGUCAAUGCUAACUUACGAGACAUUGAGAGGCACGCCUAUGCCCAAGCCCAGCGAGGAAGCCUAGAGGCAUUCUUAAAUCAGGAGACGGGCGUUGAUCAGGACGCCAUCUUGGCUUACCUUUCGGAUGGUACACGCUUGCGUACCGACAAUGUUCGUGAGCUAGUGGGUGCACAUGACCAGGCAAGUCAUAUUCUCACUACUAUCUAUGUUUUCAACAAGUAUUAUUUGGAUUUCGACUUAAACGACGUACUUCACGAGCUAAGGGUUAACCCACCACUGCAACCUCCGAUUGAAGAUUCAAUUUCUACAACACCUCCAUAUCGACCUUCACAACUCGCUGCAUCUUACCUUCGCACAGCACAUACGCACCUCGAACAUAUCGUCCAUACCGUGGCCACCCUUCACCGCCAACAUCAAGCGGCUCGAAUUGCAUCCAGCAGCCUCGAACUUAAUGUUCUCGCUAUAGCUGACGUCUUCGAUGGCAUCGCUAUGACGGCCCGUAAGGACCUCGAGCGCCAGGCCGCGCUCCUUGCAGGUCUGGAUGCGGAUUUGGAAAUCAUAAGCCGCGUGAAGAUACAUGUUGAAUUUAUGUCGCCUGCUGUGAGAACUGCGAUUGAGAACGGAGAGCGGCCGAGGACGUUGGGUGAUUAUGUGUCGAAUGUGAGGAUGAAACAGGUCGCUGACGCGUGUGCGAGGACGCAUGAGGAUCUCCGGGCUCAGUUCCAGGACGCUGAGCAGUCAGCAGCCAGGUUAACGAACGGAACUGAUUCUGUACGCGCAACAGUAAUGAAUACAGAAAUACUGGAGGGUGCAGACGCCUCAGGCCGUCGGGCGCAGGAGAUUCUCGAAAAGGCAUCGGACAUUACAGCAGCUCUUGAGAGUCCUGCCACGGAUCCAAAUAACCUUCUUCGUGAGCUAAAACAUCUUGAUGGUGCACUGCGAAGCGAAGUACGAGACAUUACCGAAGCCAAGAACGCAUAUACCGAGCAAUGUAUCGGUGUCCUUCGUCAAAUCAGUGCCUUAAAUAUCGACAUUGUACAGCUACCAACGACCCUCUCUAACCUGCAAGGUAAAUUCAGGGCUAAGAACAGCUUCUCGCACAUACAGAGGCUUCACAAUAUGCUGUAUGCAUAUUGCGCCACUGUCGUUGAGAUCGUGCGACGCAAGGAAUUUGCUCACUUUUUCUAUCAGCGCGCGCAAAGCAUUUUGGAAGUGAUGGCCAAGCUGUCUGCAAGCGAGCGGAAACGCCGACAGGUAUAUAGAGGGGAAGUGCAUGGUCAACUGCCCUUCGAUACGAAAGGAAUGGAUGAUGUUGUACCGACCAUCGACUUUUCUCCUUCCGGUAGCAAAGAGCCGUCGUAUUCGCUGGACCGAGAAGACAUUAAUGUGCUGCUUCAAGUCCUGAGCGAUCUGGAGUCAUGGGCGCGGUCAAGUUCAGACCCUGUGGCGAUGGGCUCAGUACAGGAAGCAAGAAGUGCAGUGGAUAAGCUCAUAGCCAAGAUGGAUAAUCUGGAAGCUGGGUUUGACCGUAUCGCGGAGCGUUCUUUACUCUCGGCAUCACGAUUGUCUUCGUCACGCAGAAGACUAACAGAAGCAGACGAACACGCAUUUCAGGAAUUGGCUGAGCAACUGCGCGAAAUGCAAGAAGCCCAGGCAAACCAAGAAAAACUGGUACAACAAGAGCGGACGUCCCUUCAGGCUGAAAUACAUCGACUCCAUAGCGACCUUCAAACCACUGAACUCACAUCUCACUCUGAGCGGGAACGUGCGGAUGUACUGGAGCGUGAGCUGCACCAAGCCAAAGCGCAGAUUGAAAGUGAAGUUGCAGCCCGACGCAUACUGGAGCGCCGCAAUUUGGAGUUGGCCCAAGACCUCGAAAAAGAGCGACAGAAUCGUGUUCUAGCACUCGUCGAUGCUACGGAACAGACACGUACAGUCGAAGUAAUGAGGCAGGAAUUAUCACAGGUCCGUUCGCAAGCGGAGGAAAUGAAAGCUUUGGAAACUAGGAACGCGUCAAAAAUUGCUCAGCUGGUCGAAGAGCAAGCAACGACUCUGCGGAACCUGGAAGCGGCACGUGCUAGAGGGGAAAACCUGGAGACCCAGAUCCAAACCGCUCGCUCUGAAUGCGAUGAGGUGAACAAAGCACUGAAGAAUACCCACACGGAGAAAGAUAGAUUACUUCGGGUACAGGCUAACGAACACGAUCGCAUUAUGCGGGAUCACAUCGCCGAAGCUGAUGGUGACCGGGCUGUUCUUGAACACCAAUUCUCGGAGCUCAGAGCACAGCUUGAAGAUACUGAACGGCAACUGAAGGAAGCACGCUCACAAACAGAGUUAACCAACGCAGAUGCUAUGGGUCUGCGUGAGGAGCUUCAGCGGGUCGAGCAUGAGCUUCGGGAGGCAAGGCACAUAGAGAGAAUCCUCCGAGAUGACUUGACAGCUGGACGGUCCUCCCAGUCUGACUACGAGCAUCGAUUGGAAAACAGUGGUCGUCUAGUUGCUCAGAUGCUCGACGUCGCGAUUGCUUUCCGAAAUUCUCAUUGCAAAGCACUUUCUCUCGUGCAUAAUCUCACUAGUCACCCCAAUUCAUCGAAGCAUGCACAGUCCCUUGCCGAAUCUACAUUCGCAUCCACCCAACGCCAUGGGCAAAGUGCUGGUGCGCAAGCCGAUGAGCCCUCUCCAAUUGAUCCAUCAGAUCUUCUGGGUGCCCUGGAAUCAUUACGUGCCUUCGACCAUGAUCAUUUCUUGGAAGCGGUGGCCAGAACAGGUUCCAUCAUUCGAAAGUGGCAGAAGCAAUGCAAGGAAUAUCGAGAGCGCGCGAAGGGCAAGAUCUCUUUCCGGAAUUUCGCCAAAGGGGAUUUAGCACUGUUCCUUCCAACCCGGAAUUCUAUUUCAAAACCUUGGGCGGCGUUUAAUGUCUCAUUCCCGCACUACUUCCUUUUGGCUACUGGCCACCUCGCCGAGCAGCUGAGAACGAGAGAAUGGAUAGUGGCAAGGAUAACAUCCAUUACCGAACGUAUUGUCGAUAGCAAGGACCCCUCCAGCAAUCCAUAUGGUUUAGGCGACGGUGUAAAGUAUUACAUGUUGGAGGUGGAAGACUGGACUCAAGCAGGUCAGAUGAAUAAGCGGAGACCUGCUGCCAGAAAGGUUUCAGCGUUAUCGGAUCCUGAAACAGACCGCAAGACAAGCUCAGAUCCGCCCGAGCCUUCUCCUAGCCCACCGCCGGCGCCCCAAUCUGAAUUUGAGAGCGUUUUUAGUGCUACCCAGCCUCCCACAUCAUCGUCCUUCCCCGUCAGAGCAAGAGCGAACUCCACACCCGUUGCUGGUCCGUCUUCGUUGUCUCGUCUGCUUGCUCAAGCCCCUCCUGAGAACUCAAUGGAAAUAAUUCCAUCGUCGCGGGAUGUUUCUCCCCCCACUACUCCUCCGCCUCCUCCACCGCUUCCUUCGCCGCCUCCGCAACUUGUUGAUUUGAAUGCACAACAGCCUGCCUCAUUAAUCCAUGCUCCACGUAUACCAUCUCCACUGCGUCCAGGUUCGCGCGCGUCUCGUGGCUCCUCGUCCUCUAGGUUCUCCGCGGUUCGACUUCCGCCACUUGCAUCUGUCUCUGCUUCUCCCACCGCUGUGAAAGCAGUGGCUACUACCGCUCUGACAGAACAUGAUUUAUCCUCAAUAUCUCCUCCACGCGAAUAUUCAACCAGUGGAGGACCGCCGUCUCCACAAGGCUCGUUGUCCGAAGGGAUGACUAGCAUCUUUCUCAACAGACGCCGGACUACGUCUCACCAUGUCCCUCGGUCCUCUCCAUUGGCGUCUAGCAAUUUCUCGGGCGCACCAUCCGCUACUAGCACACUUGCCAGCUUAGCUAGUAAUUUUGUUCCUUUCGGGAGAAGAAAGAAGGUCGAUAUGCCUGCCCCCAUCAUCGAGGGGCAUGUUCGCGACCAAGCCGGGGGAAGUGAGGUAUCAGCCAGUGACAUGCUGAGACGGUUUUAG